AUGGUUCGAUUUCAGUUAUUAUUAUUAUUGAUAUUUAUUAUUAUUAUUUGCAAUUUAACAAAAAAAACAUUGAUAGCAGUAGAUGCUAUAUUUUUUGAAUAUGAAUUACCUAAUCGAACAGUAACAAUAUGUCCAAGUUAUUCAUUAAUAUCACUUGAAUGUCCUCAAAUUCCAUCAUUGUCAGAUCAUCGUUCAUGGCACCCAAAUCUUCCUAAAUAUCUUAUAUCUGUUGAUUAUAUUCGUUCAUUUCCGUUACGACUUGGUUUUGAUGCUAGUUCAUGUCAACCUGAUUUAUCACAUGCUUGUAAUAAUUAUGAUUUACGUUAUAUAAAUAUAUUAUGCAGUGGAAGACCUCAAUGUUCUGAUAUAUCUGCUUAUCAAAUACGUGAACGUAGCUUAUGUGCAUUCAAAGCAGUCACAGAAAUUGGAUUUCAUUGUGUACCAACAUGGAAUUUGCAUGAAAUACAAACAAAAUGUGACAUAUGUCAAAAUGCUUCAUUAACAAAUGAUUAUGGUUUUAUUCAUUCAAGAAAUUAUCCAUCAAAAACUGUUCGUAUGCUUUGUUCUACAACAAUAUAUGCAAAACCAAAUCAUAAAAUAAUACUUUAUUUUGUUAAUGGAGAAUUAAAUCAUGAUCAAUUAAGAAUUGAAAGUGUUACAUCAAAUGGUAUAAUAAUUUUAAAUAUAACUCUAAAUGGAAAUUUAACUACACAAAGAUUAGCAGCAUCAACAUAUGAAAUGAAAAUAACAUUUAUACCAAGUCAUAUUUAUUCAUAUCAUCCAACUUAUUAUCUACUGUAUUUUUAUACAAUACCUAUUUGUUCAAUUACUGAUCCAUGUCCACCUGGACCAUCACCAGUAACAAGUACACCUAUUACGACAUCAAUAACAACAAGUCGAAUGAGAAUACAAUCAGUCGGAUGGACACGCGUGCCAAAUAUUUGGAUUAUUAUACCAAUUAUACUUGCUUAUAUACUUCUAUUACUUCUUAUAGUUGCAUUGGCACUUUUAUUUCGACGACGUCGUAAACAACAAAAAGUAUUAGAAGAUAUUACAAAUACAAAUGUGUCUUCUCGUUAUUUGGAUGCAAGUGGUGCUUCAAGUCGUGUUCAACUUGUUCCAUCAUUGUCUUCUCAAAAUGGUAACAGUACUGUUCAUGAUACUUAUCCAUCUCCUCGUUGUGCAAGUAUAUCACAAAGUGCUCAUCGUUCUUUAUCAAGUUCUCCAUUUGCUCAGAAUAUGGAACGAUAUUAUCGCGAUAGUCGAAGUGAUUUUGAUCUUUACCAUAAUAGUUUAGAUGGAAUAGAUUAUCGUUAUCAUGCACCUAUUCCUUAUCGUGCUCGUUCUGCAACAUCAAAUGGUAACUAUCGAGGUUAUGGUACUAUUGAUCAUUCUUCAUUUAAUUAUGAUCUUAAUCGUCAUCGUCGUUCAUUACCAAAAUCUUUUUCUGAUUGUAAUUUAUGUAAACGACGUGUUGUUAACGAAGAGUAUCAACAGUAUUUUAAUGAACAAGAUGAUAAUUGGCAUUUAGAAAAUUCUUUGGAAAAAAGAACAGAACCAAGAACUUAUCGAGAUAAAAUAAAAGAACGUUUUCGUGAACGUUCAGCAACUCGUCAAAAUCCUGAUAAUGAUAUUCCACCAUCACCAUCGACAACUGUUGAAUAUUCAACUAUUUUACCACGUCAUCAAAGAAUUGCCAGUGAAUCAAAUUGUUCAAAUGGACCUGUUCGUCAUUUACCUUUUGAAUAUAUUCCAAAUGAAACUCCGUCUAAUAUUCGUAACAUGGAAUUUAAACGAAAUUUAAGUCAAGAUCGUCUAGCAACUGGAAAUAAUCAACAACAUGUAACAAAUGAUGAAAGUGGUACUAAUAAUUUUACUAUGAAAUUUUAUGAACGUGAUGAUGAUGAUGACACAAGAAAUGAUCUUGAUAGAUAUUUACAUGAAAGAAGAGAAGUUCAACAAAUGUCGAUGAAAAUGAAUGGACAACAAAAUUUAAAUAGACCUCAAUAUUAUCAUCAACAAAGACGUUUUACUGGAAGUACUAGCGAGAUUUAA